UCAAAGCCCCUUCACUAUGUGACCCUCAUGAGUAAAGGAAGGUGCUUUGGGCUCUUGGUAGCCUCCUGGGUGGGGGGCUUCAUACACUCCAUUGUACAGAUCUCUCUGUUGCUCCCACUCCCUUUCUCUGGACCCAAUAUCAUUGAUAGUUUCUACUGUGAUGUCCCCCAAGUCCUCAAACUUGCCAGCACUGAUACCUUUGUUCUAGAGAUCCUUAUGAUCUCCAACAAUGGUCUAGUUGCCACAUUUUGGUUCUUUCUACUCAUUGUGUCCUACACAGUCAUCAUGGUGAUGCUGAGGUCUCAUACAGGAGAGGACAGGAGGAAAGCUAUCUCCACCUGCUCCUCCCACAUCACUGUGGUCACCCUGCAUUUUGUGCCCUGCAUUUAUGUAUAUGCUAGGCCCUUCACUGCCCUUCCCUCUGACCGGGUCAUCUCUGUCACCUUCACUGUCAUCUCCCCUCUCUUGAAUCCCCUGAUUUACACCUUGAGAAACCAAGAGAUGAAGUCAGCCAUGAGAAGAUUACACAGACGGCUUGUGUCUUCUGAAAGGUAA